UACAUGUUCCAAUUUUUUAAAAAAGAACCAUUUUUAAGGAACUUGGUGUUCUUUAACAACUUAUUAAAACAUUGUUAUAAAAGCGGAAUGUAUUGUUCUAUUGUUACUCACAAGACAAGAACGUGUCGUUCCCAUAGGGAAUUUGAUGGAAUUUAUGUGACGGUAUAUAUCGUUCCACUCUAUUUGUUCCGUUGAAUUCUUUUAUAUAUCAUAACGAUAAUAUAUGCGAAAUGAUUAUCUUGAGGAAUAGUUAUUUAAUUAUGAAUACUCUGCAGUCUAAUUUAUAUUGUGCCACUUGAAAUAAUUCCGUUUUCGCUGCUACCUUAACUCUGCUAUGGAGAGCGUCCUUCAUUAUAAAAAGGAAUUGUUUUAAUGAGAAGUUUCUCAACUAAUACUUUGUAUACGAAGUAAAGUAUAAGAGAACUUUAAAGAAAUCGGAAUGACAAAACGAGUCUUGCAAAAGCCUGCGUGGAAAGAGGCAUUGGGAGCCUCAAUGAGAUCGAAAAGGCUUAAGUUAAUGCCUGAUAAAGAUAACCGCUUUUGUUGUCCUGUGGCUGAUUGUGACAGCGAGUCGUAUGGAAGUAAAAGAGGGUGUAGAAAACAUGUCUAUAACCGUCAUGGAUGGUUUUAUUAUUUCGAUAAAAGACCGAAUAUCGACGAAGUACUUCCCCACUUCAGUACAAGAAAUCGCAUAAAAGAUCCCCAAAGAAAGCGCGCAUCCACAUUUUCAAUGCCGUCUUUUGCUAAAACAUGUAAUUUGGCAGUUGCAUUUAGGACAUGGUUAAAAAGUCCAGGUGGUGGUGGUAAAGAUCAUUCUCAGGCCGAUCAAAUAACUUGUAAAGUUUUAAAGUAUGCCAAAUAUUGCUGCGAGGAUUCUCCUUCGGUAUGGGAAGUACCAUUCCCUGUUAUCGACUACUGUGUUGGCUCUAUUAAUAUGCUUUCUGAUUUUGUAGAUUUUUUGAGAGACCAAUGGAAGGUUGGCUUCUCAGGAAUAAUUGGCUACAUGAAUGCUAUUGGGCACAUGCUUGAUUACAGACGAAGCACAGGUACGACUGAAAAAAAUUUGUCGGUAUUUGUUGCUGCAGAGAUUUAUUUGCACCGUGUUAAGAAAUUCCUCCUUCGUAAAAUGAAAGCUGAAUGGAAGUGUAUCUUAAGUGUUGAAUAUCUAAACAGUAUAGACUGUUGGGCGACACUAUAUGAUUUACAAAAGGUGAUACCAUACCAUAGUGAAAAAUAUAAACAAAUUGUGUUAAAUGCUAAAAACGCAAGUGCAUGUGUCGCAGCACACGAUUUAUCAUUUUCGACUUCCUUCAUAGUAGCUGUAUUAUUUUUAAUGGUGAAGGCUUCAAGACCCAUGACGUAUCAAACUCUUACAGUAACAAUGAUUAAAGGCGUGAAAGAGGAUGGUUUUAUAGAUCAGAAUGUCUUUAAAACUGCGGAGAAAUACGGAUUUGACUCUCUUUAUUUUUCCAUAGAUGUACUCACACUAAUAAACGAAUACAUUGACAAUGUACGACGAAGAUUGAACCCCACCAACGAUUAUCUACUAGUGUGUCGAAAUGGUAAGCAGUUGACGCGUAUUUCGGACGUAUUCGGUAGAAUUGUUUAUCAAGCAAUUGGUAAGUAUAUAAAUCCUACACGAUAUAGGCAAAUCAUCGAAACCGAAAGUGUUGCACACUUAGAAACAAAAGAACAAGCAAUUCUUUCUCAAGAUCAAAAACACACGUCGCAGGUAGCUAAAGUUCAUUACCAGAAGACUGAAUCGCGCAAUAUAGCUGCAAAAGCCAGGUUAUGUAUGGAUAAAUUACGAGAUCAAACAACGUGUACUUUAACUGUAAGCGAAAUCAAUAGUAACACCAAAAAUGUGAAAACGUCUGGAAGUACUUUGGAACACGAAACACCUGUUCAAACGAGACAGAAAAAAGUUAGUUUUAGUGCCAUGGAGGACAAGUUUUUACAAGCUGGGCUACAAAAAUAUGGCAAUGCAAAAUGGACUUCCAUUCUCGCAGAUCCUAACUACUCCUUUCAUUGUAGCCGUAAAGCUAGUACAUUGGCGGUUAGAGCGAAGACAAAACAAUUUAUAUAAGUUUAAAUUGUAUUUAUAAUAAAAAUAACUUUGUAAAUUUACAAAGAUUUUUGAAAACCAGAAUA